GGCCUCAGCGGCAAGAUGGCGGCGGAAGGGAGCAGCGGAACCGCAGAACUGCGGCUGUGGUACGGGCAACUCGUGGCGAGAUUGCGAGGGUUGUCUUCCAGGAGAGUGCCAUCUACAGAGAUGGCCUCCGCCUCUUCAUACGGCACACAGUUGAAGAAGAUAGGCCACCGACGAGUGGAUUCCACCGGGGAGACUACGUAUAAAAAGACGACCUCCUCUGCCCUUCGAGGUGCCAUUCAGCUGGGGAUCACACACACAGUUGGGAGCCUCAGCACUAAGCCCGAGCGUGACGUCCUCAUGCAAGACUUCUAUGUGGUGGAGAGUGUUUUCUUCCCGAGUGAAGGAAGCAACUUGACACCAGCCCAUCACUACGCUGAUUUCCGGUUCAAAACCUACGCGCCUGUGGCAUUCCGGUAUUUCCGGGAGCUGUUUGGAAUUCGCCCCGAUGACUAUCUGUAUUCUUUAUGUAACGAACCACUGAUUGAGCUGUCUAACCCCGGUGCUAGCGGCUCUGUCUUCUACGUGUCUGCUGACGAUGAAUUUAUCAUUAAAACGGUUCAGCACAAGGAGGCGGAGUUUUUACAGAAGCUGUUACCUGGCUAUUACAUGAACUUGAACCAGAAUCCUCGCACGCUGCUGCCCAAGUUCUUUGGGCUCUACUGCAUCCAGUCAGGCGGUAACAACAUCCGACUGGUGGUCAUGAACAACCUGCUGCCCCGGGUGUUGAAAAUGCACCUGAAGUACGACCUGAAAGGGUCAACAUACAAGCGCAGGGCCUCACAGAAAGAGCGCGAGAAGCCGCGGCCCACCUUCAAAGACCUCGAUUUUAUGCAGGACAUCCUGGACGGCCUCUUCCUGGAUACCGACAUGCACAGUGCCUUAUGUAAAACGAUUCAGAGAGACUGUCUGGUGCUUCAGAGCUUCAAAAUCAUGGACUACAGCUUGCUGGUCGGGAUCCACAACAUGGAUAUUGCCAGCCGGGAGCGGGGGGCUGAGGGGCCCCAGGGUGGCACAGAUGGUAUCGGCCCGUCGGAUGCCCGGAGACCGGCAGGCCAGCGGUCCCUGUACUCGACGGCAGUGGAGGCCAUCCAGGGCGAAUCGAGACUGGGGGGAACAGGAGAGACGGAUGAACUAAUGGGGGGAAUCCCAGCUCGGAACUCCAAAGGCGAGCGCCUUAUGUUGUACAUUGGCAUUAUAGACAUCUUACAAUCAUAUAGAUUUAUAAAGAAGCUGGAACACUCUUGGAAGGCCCUUGUACAUGAUGGGGAUACAGUAUCGGUGCACAGGCCAGGUUUUUAUGCCGAGCGAUUUCAGCGUUUCAUGUGCAACACAGUCUUCAAAAAGAUACCCCUCAAACCAUCCCCAUCGAAGAAGAGCCGAAUUGGGAUGGCAUCCACACGCCGGGCACCAGUGGGAGGGGCCAGCCAACCACCUCCAACCCUGGCAGAGGAGGUGAGAUUGCAGACGGUUGACAAGGAGGUCACUGAAGCGGUUAUUGAACCAGGAUCGUAUCAGGGGCGCCCUGACAUCCUACCCAGGACCCCACCACUAGACGAGGCUGCUAGUGUUUCAGCAGCAACCACUUUGUCCAACUCAUCGCUUGCGGAACAUGGAGGGUUCGACAGCACAGGAACAAACUCUCCAGUCUCCAGGGCCGUAGGGUUGGACGUGCAAGCGGCUGAUCACACUGAUCCACAACCCAACACACAGGUCGCCAGCAGCGUGGAAAGUAUCCCCCCAAUUGUUUCAGAGCCAGUGGCGGGGGACCUUCCCUUCAGAGCCGUGCAUUGGGUCAAAAGCAGGCGAGGGCACCCGGUGCCGUGUGUUGACAACAGCGAGUACAUGAGGAAUGGGGAUUUCCUGCCGACCAGACUGCAAGCUCAACAAGAUGCUGUCAACAUCGUCUGUCACUCCAAAACGCGGAGCAACCCAGAGAACAACGUGGGGCUCAUUACACUCGCCAAUAACUGUGAGGUGCUCACCACUCUGACCCCCGACACAGGUCGCAUUCUCUCCAAGCUUCACGCUGUCCAGCCCACAGGCAAAAUCAGCUUCUGCACUGGCAUCCGGGUCGCACAUCUGGCACUUAAACACCGCCAGGGAAAGAACCACAAAACCCGAAUCAUCGUGUUCGUCGGGAGCCCUGUGGAGGAUAAUGAGAAGGACUUGGUGAAACUAGCCAAGAGGCUGAAAAAAGAGAAAGUGAAUGUGGAUAUCGUGAACUUUGGAGAGGAGGAAGCCAACACUGAGAAGCUGACUGCCUUCAUCGAUGCACUGAAUGGGAAGGACGGAACAGGCUCCCACCUGGUGACGGUUCCCCCCGGACCCAGCCUGGCAGACGCUCUCAUCAGCUCCCCGAUCCUGGCUGGGGAGGGCGGUACCAUGCUGGGGCUUGGGGCCAGUGACUUCGAGUUCGGAGUGGAUCCCAGCGCAGACCCUGAACUGGCCCUGGCUCUCCGAGUGUCGAUGGAGGAGCAGAGACAACGUCAGGAAGAGGAGGCCAGGCGAGCUGCAGCAGCAUCUGCUGUGGAAGCAGGCGUAGUAACUCCGAUGAAUGACGAGCCAGACGACGUGCUGCUGAAGAUGUCCAUGAGCCAGCCAGAGACUGUGGGGACUGGGUUGCCUGAUUUCAGCAGCAUGUCUGAAGAAGAGCAGAUGGCCUAUGCCAUGCAGAUGUCACUUCAGGCCGCAGAGUUUGGGAGCUCUGAGGGUCUGUCCGCCAUGGAAACUGGCACAGCCAUGGACACGUCUGAGGCUUCAGCCAAGGAGGAAGACAACUACGAUGUGAUGGAAGACCCGGAGUUCCUGCAGAGCGUGUUGGAGAACCUGCCUGGCGUUGACCCAAACAACGAGGCCAUUCGGAACGCCAUGGGCUCCCUACAGUCGCAGACCUCAAAGGAUAACAAGAAGGAGAAUGAGGAGGAGAGGAAGUAGAGCUGGGUUGUCCCAGUUGAUGUGAAUGGAGAAUUCUGUCCAUACAGUGAUCUGCAUGUUGCUGCUCCAGACAAACUGGCCUUACAAUACGAUGAAUAUCACAUUCUUUAGCAGUGGUUAUUGGCUGCAAGCAGUAAAACAUUGCGCGUGAAAAUCUCUAUCUCUUGACCCUGGUUGGUAGCACGGUGUGAGUUUUUUGCUUUGGAAACAGGACAUUAAUAAAAUACACAAAGACCUCA